AUGAGUCUGUCCCUCCUUCGGUCGACCUCCGAGGCAUGGCAGACUCAUCAGGACUUUCGACAAGAUUGUCCCUGGCUGACGGAAGCAAAAUUCACCGAAAUCACGAAUGUUCUUUUGGAAAAUCCGAACCUCAACUCGACCCACCUAUUUCGGGCCGACAUCUUGCAUGACAGCGCAAAGAUCUUGAAGACGAUCUCAGAAAAGGAGAACCAAUGCAAGUAUCCGGCAGAAAAUGACGAUGGAGUGCAGAGCAAAGGCUAUCAGGAGGCCGACGGGCGCUCCAAGGCCCCGCGACUCGAAGGCGCAAUCCUCGUGAGACAGGUUCACAGGAGACUUGUUCCUCGCAACCCUCGGCUGGACCGUCCACUGGAACAGUGGUGUUUUGUGUACGAGCUGUCGAAGAAGACGACUUGUGCCGAUGCCGCCGGCGGUCGUGUGGUGAUAUACGCUCCGGACGUCGACAGCGAGACUGACGUGCCCUGGUACCAUCCUACGGUCAAAUCACUGGCGUAUGUGUUUGAACAAGCGACCGACACGACGGCUACACUCUCAGUACACUAUCUUCCAUUUACUACUCAAUCGGUCGAUCAGUCGUCCACUGGUAGGCUCCAUCGAACCAUGAUCUCGCUCCUCAAGACCUUCCUCAGACUGUCAAAGAACAACAGCAACCGGAAGCCCCAAAGUCCAGAGCCCAAGCACAAUGGAGACGGCCACCAAAACAGCAGCCAUGUCACCACGGCAGCCAGUCUCUCUACCGCACCGUCGGCCAUCAAAGACACGAUCCUCCCUCAACACAUUGUCCAAAAUACGUACAGUCGGUUGAAGCAACAGUACGCCCCGGACCUCAUGUCUCGGUGGGUCGAAAAGACGGAGCCGUCCAAGCACGUCUUUGAAGACCUGUCCAUCGCGGCCUUUGUAAUCGAGCUCUGGAAGCAAAUGUACUCGCCAGGGACGUUCCCCGGUUUCGUCGACGUGGCCUGCGGCAACGGCGUCCUUACUUACGUGCUCAUCAAGGAAGGGUACAACGGCCACGGUUUCGACGCUAGGCGCCGCCGCACAUGGGAUGCUCUCGAAAUGAACCAACAUCUACACGAGAUGAUAUGCGUGCCCAAGCCAUUCCUCGACGCGGUCACGCAGGGUGUCAUCAUUGACGAUUUACUUCCCAACGCCAACCUUCAAGAUGGUAUCUUCAAGCCAGGAACGUUCAUCAUUUCGAACCACGCAGACGAACUCACACCCUGGACGCCGAUCCUCGCGGCUCUCUCCAGCCCCAAAAAUCCACUACCAUUCCUGGCGAUCCCGUGCUGUUCUCACGCUCUGAGUGGUGCCAAACAUCGCUACUUGCCCAAGGACAUCAAUCGAACACACCCGCCUUCUUCUUCUUCUUCUUCUUCUUCUGCCAGCGCCAACGACAAAGUGGAGCAACCUGCUUCGGGAGACCUCAGGGCUCUUCGGGUGGCCAAGACCGAAGCAGCAACCCACAACGACGACAAGUCCAUGUACGCGUGCCUGACGCGCAAGGUGGUUGCCCUGGCCGAUGAAAUCGGCAUCGACGUCGAGUUGACGCUCAUGCGGAUUCCGAGCACGAGAAACAUUGGAAUCGUGGGGAAUAGAAAGAAAGCUACUGCGCGUGGUGGCAGCAGACACGAUUUGAAAUCUCAGAUGGAGGACAUGUCUGUUGAAGAUAAUGACGACAAGGAAAACGAAAGCAAUGACAGCAACGACUUGGUUGACAAAAUUCAGGAACUGGUUCGGCGUGAAUGUACAAUCUCUGGAGGCGUACACGAAGCGGCUACGACCUGGAUCCAACGAGCACAAAAACUCCAGACAGGAACAGGACGAGGCAAGUUGAAUCUCGGUCGCAGACCUGAAUCACAAUACGGUGGAGAUUGAAAACGACAACAGCGUUAUGCCACUUUUUGGCUCUCAUCAUGUCAUUGGCACCAUUCCAUGCGGGAAACAAAGCUAAGGACUACCACUUCUCGACAAACUCCUACUUCCAGGAUGACUCGUUCCAUCAUCUUCGACAUUCGGUAGGGCAACAUUAAACAUACCC